AUGCCGGGAGUGGACGCAUCGUACGGUAUAAGCAAAUUUGCGGACAACAUUGGAUGUCUUUCUCCAGAUCUGCUCUCUGGAACGUGUCAGCACAUUCUGACUUAUCUUCAGGGGAAGUCCAGUGGAGUGGAUUCAGCUGAAAUCUCUGAUAGCUUUCUGAGCGCCGGAGUCAGCUUUGACCAUGACACGCUACAAAAUAUGAUCAGAUUUCUCUUGUUAACAUUCAGGUCGGCUGCGAAGAACAACCUCUCUGCUAAGGACCUCGUGGCGAGGCUGGAAGAGGGCAGCAGCCGGUGGUCCAAAGCCUCCCUGCAGGUGAUGCACAAACUGUGGAGUGAUCAGGGUGCAUUAGUCCAUGCCCAGCAGGAGAUCCAGGCCACACUCAGCAUUGGUCAGAUAGUGGACAUUCAGUGGAAGCUCGGUAUGGCAGUUAGCGCUGACAGCUGUCGGUCUCUCAACUCACCGUACGUCUGUCUUCUGCUGAGGACCGUUGACCUCUCUGGACAGAUUUGGCGGAGGUCUUUUGAGAUGACCAUUCCACAGUUUCAGAACUUUCACAAGCAGUUCAAGGAGAUGGCAGCUGUUCUGGAGACUGUAUGAUGGUUGCAAGCACAGAUCUGCCUGUUAUAACAUGUAUUUAUUGUACUUUAAAGGUGUGUAAAACUAUAUGCAGUUCUACUUGAAUCCAGACUUGUCAUUCAGCGACGUGAACCAAAAACAAAUCAAAGCAGACAAGAUAAAUUAAUUCAAAUGGUGGAUUCACCGCACAUUUGCUGAUAGCUGUCAUUUUCAAAUACCUUCAGUAGAUAUGGUUGGCUGUUAUCACUGUAAUAUUUGCUUGAGGACUUUCAGUGCAAGGGAAGUAUUUUUGGAGGGCAGAGGGUCAAACAUAAAUAAAACAAAACCACUCAGCCGGCCCAGUUUGUGUUUUUGCAUGCAGCAAUCUAAGGAGAUGGCUGUGAGUCAGUUACUCUGUUUCAAACAGUACCACUCAGCAGUUGCUACUGAUAUUUACUACUCUUAUAUGCUUCAGGAAAGCUGAAAUAUUACACACAGUAUUUUAACCCUUACAUGGAAACAUUGAUGUCUGUCUGAAAAUGCCAUAUGUUAACGUAGUCGGCAUGCUGGAUAGAAAUGAAUGCAAAUGUCAUCUGCUUCUAAGUGGCUUGUAUCUACAAUGCUGCUUUUCCCCUUAAGCUCAUAUGAAACAUAUUAAAUGGAUGAAUUAUAUGAACAUAUUAAAUCCAGGAGUGUUGGGGAUCUGGCAGUGUGGGGGAGAAGUCUAGGAGCUUGACAAUAGCUACAAACAUUUGCUUAUUCUGUGCACCUCUUAUCAGCACAAGACAGUCAGGGGUGAAGGUUUUUGGCUAGCCUGCCACACAACAUCACAAGUAAUUCAUAAUUUAUUGCAAGUGCUCGGCUGAAAGGGUGUUUUAGCUUUGCUGUGAGUUUUUUUUUAAUUUUUUUACUCAUCUCUAUUUUGUAUAUUAUGAAGAAGCAUGUUGUAAUCACGCUCUUUACCUUAACUCACUGCUCGAUCAUGUCGGCUAAUAUUGAUGUAUUUUGCAAGGUGGAGCCGUGGUAUGUGCCCAGGUAAUGAUCCUAAGCAGACCAGUGUAGCCUUUGCUGUUUUUCAUGUCUAUCCUCAUUUAGAUAUCACUGAACAGUAACAAAAUAAAUAUUCUGUA